CCGCCAUCAUCUAUUUUGUGUAAGGACUCGACGUCUUCCUGACCCUCGCAUUUCAUCUUCAACAUCAAGACGCUAGCGCAAUAUACCCGAAGCUCCACAGCAACUCAUAUUCAAGCAAAGACCAGCAAAAUGUCUGGAAAGUUUGAGCCCAAGAACCCCGUCACCCUGGCCCCUCCCAAGGAUGACCCCAUCACCCUCGAGGAGUUGGCCAAGGCCGAUGGCUCCGACCCUAAUGGAAAAACAUAUGUUGCGAUCAAGGGUAUCGUGUACGAUGUAACGGGUAACAAGGCAUACCAAGUAGGAGGAUCCUACAACGUUUUCGCUGGAAAGGACGCCUCCCGUGCUCUCGGAAAGACCUCAACAAAGGCCGAGGAUGUCAGCGCCGACUGGCAGGAUCUUCCUGACAAGGAGAAGGGUGUCCUCAACGAUUGGAUCACCUUCUUUUCCAAGCGCUACAAUGUUGUUGGCCGCGUCACCGGCGCUACCAACUUUGAAUGAAGGUUACCAAAAGCUCGGCUGUGAUGUCUGAGCGCAGGGUGAAAGAAGAGGUUGGGGGGAAGAGAGAGGCCAAAGAUAUCCGUCAUUUGGGCGUGAGACGUUGCCAUGAGCGAGUGUAAACGUAAAACAUAAACUGAGAGUAUCUUGCGUCAAUGACCCCCUACCCUGAAAUGUGAGAGGACGUCUUCGGCGACUCCGGGCACCUUCGUGCUCAGUAUCCCUCAGCACUCAU